AUGUUCUGGAAGUUUGACUUGAGCACCACGUCCCACGUCGACAAGCUGCUGGAUAAGGAGGACGUGACGCUGCGAGAGUUAAUGGACGAAGAUGACAUCUUGCAGGAGUGCAAGGCCCAGAACCGGAAGCUGCUGGACUUCCUGUGCAGGCAGCAGAGCAUGGAGGAGCUGGUGAGCCUCGUCACACAGGACCCGGCCCUGGGCGUGGAAGAGAAGGUCCGCUUCAAGUACCCAAACACAGCCUGUGAGCUGCUGACGUGUGACGUGCCGCAGAUCAGUGACAGGCUGGGAGGGGACGAGACUUUGCUCAACCUUCUUUACGACUUCUUGAACCGUGAGCCACCUCUCAAUCCUCUCCUCGCCAGUUUUUUCAGCAAGACCAUUGGCAGUCUCAUUGCAAGAAGAACUGAACAGGUGAUUGUGUUCUUGAGGAAGAAGGGCAAGUCCAUCGGCCUCCUGGUGAAGCACCUCGGCACCUCGGCCCUCAUGGACCUGCUGCUGCGCCUGGUCGGCUGCGUGGAGCCCGCCGGGCUCCGGCAGGAGGUCCUGCACUGGCUUAAUGAAGAGAAGCUCAUCCAGAGGCUCGUGGAACUGAUCCACCCGAGUCAGGAUGAAGAUAGGCAGUCCAAUGCUUCGCAGACGCUCUGCGACAUCGUCAGGCUGGGCAGGGAGCAGGGCAGCCAGCUGCAGGAGGCUCCAGAGCCAGAUCCCCUCCUCACGGUGCUGGAGUCGCAGGACUGCGUGGAACGGCUGCUGAGGAACAUGUUUGACGGAGCCCAGACCGAGCUCUGCCUCGUCAGCGGGACCCAGGUGUUACUGACCUUGCUUGAGCCCCGGCGGGCGGGGGUGGAGGGCUUGCUGGACUCCUGCUCUCAGGGACUGGACAGGCUGUGUGCCGUCAGCUCUGGCGUCCUGCGCGGCAUUGAGCCACGGCUGAAGGACUUCCACCAGCUUCUGCUCAGCCCGCCAAAGAAAGCAGCGAUCCUGACCACCAUCGGCGUGCUGGAGGAGCCCCUGGGUAACGCCCGCCUGCACGGAGCUCGCCUCGUGGCUGCCCUGCUGCACACGAACACGCCCAGCAUCAACCAGGAGCUCUGCCGGCUCAACACCAUGGGCUUGCUGCUGGACCUGUUUGUUAAGUACGCCUGGAAUAACUUCCUGCACUUCCAAGUGGAGCUGUGCAUAGCCGCCAUCCUGUCCCACUCUGCCCGGGAGGACAGGGCCGUGGCCAGCGGACCUGAGGGUGGGAUGGAGCCUCCGCCCUCCAGCGGGGACCCAGAGUCCCCCCAGCCUGCCGCCAGCCGCCCUGAGAGCACGAUGGUGACCCACCUGUUCCAGAAGUGUUGCCUGGUCCAGAGGAUCCUGGAGGCCUGGGAAGCCAAUGACCACACACAGGCAGCGGGUGGCAUGAGGCGCGGGAACAUGGGCCAUCUCACCCGGAUCGCCAACGCAGUGGUGCAGAGCCUGGAGGGGGGCCCUGUGCAGACCCAGGUCAGCGAGGUCCUCCGAGGGCUCCCCUCGGAUUGCCGCGGGCGCUGGGAGAGCUUUGUGGAGGAGACGCUGACGGAGGCCAACCGCAGGAACGCGGUGGACCUGGUUAGCACCCACCAUCUUCACCCCUCGAGUGAGGACGAGGACAUGGAGGGCGUUUUCCCUAAUGAGCUGUCCCUUCAGCAGGCUUUCUCCGAGUACCAGGUCCAGCAGAUGACGGCCACCUUCGUGGACCAGUUUGGCUUCAGUGACGAGGAGUUUGCUGAGCAGGACGACAGCGUCAACGCCCCGUUUGACAGGAUCGCGGAGAUCAACUUCAGCGUUGACGCUGACGAGGACAGCCCCGGUGCCGCUCUGUUUGAGGCCUGCUGCAGUGACCACAUCCAGCCCUUCGACGAGGACGACGACCUCUGGGAGGACGAGGAGACACACUGUGUGGCCCGAGUGACCAGAGCCAGGUUCGGGGGCCCUCACACUUCGGAGAGCUGCCGCAAGGACGGCCUGGAGUGCCGAGGCCGGGGCGGAGAAGAGAGCUCGGAAGCAGACGGGGAUGGGGCUCGGGCGGGCGCCCCUCGGGCUGCCGUCCAGAAGGACGGUCCUCGUGCUGGGGGUGGCUCAGAAGCAGGCGCCCCGUGGACGGUGUCUGAUGAGCCGGUGAAUUCCACGGCCUCGGGCCUGGCCCCAGCAGUGGUGAUGGACGUGGGUUCCAGUGUGUGGGCGGCCAGCGUGCCCAGCGCCUCGGCUGCGGAGGAGAGAGGCUGGGCCAAGUUUGCCAACUUCCAGCCUUUCUGCUGCUCUGAGUCGGGGCCCAGGUGCAGCUCCCCCGUGGACAGAGGUCACAGCGAUGCCCAGGGUGGCCUGAACCGGGGCCCAGAGAGAACCCCUGGCCCGGCCACUCUGGGUGCCUGGAACGCAUGUGUUGCCAGGAAGGCACCCCUGGUGGCCUCCAGCAGCCGAGAGGACAAGCAGAAGGUGGCUUUGGCCUCGGAGGCUAUGAGGAUGGGUCCCGGUCGGGAGGCCCACCCGCUGCCAGUGUUAGUCCCCAGGGCUGAGUGCGCCACCAGCACACCUCCAGACCUGGCCUCCCUUGCGCCUGCGGAAGUGACCUCUGCCCCAGUCGGGGCCGUCCUCCCCGAGGCUGCCAUGGCGGCCACCACAGUACCGGGCAACGCCGGCCCCGCCCCGGCCACCCCAGCAGUCUCUCCUGUGCUGGCCGUGGCCGUCACCCCUGCAGCCCCAGCUGUCUCCACAAAGGACAGGCAGACUGACGGGCCUCCGCCCGCGGGAGCCGCCUUAAAUGGCCUCGUGUGA